AUGCACUUAGUGGAUGAAUGUGGAGCAGAUCUGGAACAGGCUGGGACAGUUUUCUUCGACGGCGAAACGAUUGAGGGUGUGUCGCCUCUUUGGUGUGCAGCUGCGGCAAAUUUCAUCGAGAUUGUUCGCUUUCUUGUGGCGCGUGGCGCCAAUGUUAACCGCACCACAAUCACCAGUUCCACGGCUCUUCGUGCUGCCUGCUACGAUGGACACGAGGAGGUCGUGCGUUUUCUAAUCGAUCAUGGCGCCAACUUCGAAACCUCAAAUCGCCAUGAACACACGUGCCUCAUGAUCGCCUGUUUCCGUGGCCACGAAAACGUCGCCAAGUACCUGUUGAGCAAGGGCGCCCGUGUCAAUCGACGCUCGUCCAAAGGAAACACGGCCGUCCACGACUGCGCCGAGAGUGGGAACUUGAAUGGCCUCAAGCUACUGCUGCAACACGGCGCGGCUAUGUGUAGAGACGAGUACGGCCAGUCGCCUAUCAUGGCAGCUGCCCACUCAGGCUUCAAGAGGGCAAUCGAUUUUCUCUGCCAACUGAAAAAGCCCGGCACUGGGGAGUUCCUCGUGCCAAUCGAGGAACAGGCAGCCUCUCGUGAACUCCUAGGUGCCGCUCUGUUUGACAGACAGUCGGUAGUGCAGGACGCCAUAAUGGAGUGGCACCGCGCGAUGGAGCUGCGCGAAGGCCACUUCGGCUACACCAAACGCCUCCCACCGCCCACCUACUCGCACAUCGGCGAGGUCGCCAGACGCUGCCACUACUCGUGGCGUCUUAUCGAGGACGCCGCGCGCUGUGCCGUUGCCAUGGAGACGACGAAGAGGCGCAGGCCGCAGAUCUUGAAGUCUCGCCUGCGGUCGCAACAGUCGCUGCCACCGUCGCCGCCGUUGCCUUCUGCCAUCGCGUCGGAUCCAGUUUGGUCCGCGAAGUACUCUAAACAGGCGUCCCAAUUGGCGGAAAAUUAUGCCCAGCUGCUGGCCGCCUUGACCAGGUCGCGUAGUGCGGGGUCGUGUGCUGCCUUCAACUCCUCCUCCUCCUCCUUCACUUGCGCGAACUGGAGAGUUGACGAACAGAACACCUACGACCCGGCCCUCGCGUCAGCCGUCGACGCAGUUCUCGGUGUGGAGCCAGACUUCUGCGCCUCGUCGUCUAGACACAAGCGACGCAGGCUCGAGGGCAUGCCAGGUAUGGUCCUGCCUCCACAACUAAACCCUCCCCACCCUCGUCUAGAGAUCUACGCCCUGCCUUCUCUUUCAGGCGAUGUCACGCGUCCUCUACCCCAGAUUCGAUCAAUCCCCGGUCCU